AUGCCUGACGAACAAAACCAGGAACCAAGAGAAGAAACCACCCGGGAAGAUGCCGGCGAAGGCGGCUGUGGCGGCAAAGAAACCGACAACACCCUGGAUUUCGCUCAGCUUGCACCGGAAUUGAAAGUGGCUGCCCUGACCGAAAGGCUCGAAGCCGCGGAAGCCGAAGCCGAGAUGUUCCGCAACGAGGUCCAGUACAAGGAAGCCGAGUUGCAGAACGAGAGGCGGCGCUUCGCGGAGCAGCGUGCCUCCGCCGCCAAGUACAGGGACGAGGAUCUGCUCCUCGACCUGCUGCCGGCCAUCGAGGGUCUCGAGUUGGCCCUCAACGCAGAGGUAACUGACCAGUGGGGGGAGGGCGUCAAGCUGGCGGUCCCGGGAGAUGAAGCGGCGGCUGGAAAUGCGAAGCGUGAGCCUCAUCGACACAGCGGUCGGACAACCCUUCGACCCCAACCAGCAUGA